GACAGGAGGGGGCGGUUGGGAGGAGAGGAAGAAGGUGGAGCAGGGAGAAGAAAGAAGGUCGGUUGUGUUGCGGCCAGGAGAAGGAUCAGAUCCUCCGAUGAUCCUUGGAGUAAUAUUUGGAACUUAGUUUUGUGUUUCCGAUUGAUCGUAGAGUUUGCUUUCUUUCUUAUCAAAGCUAAACAUCAAACAAUCUAUCUCCUCCACAAUUUUGGAUCUUUUUAUCUUCUUUGCUUAUCGUUUUGAGAAUUCGGCAAUACUUUUUUUUGAGAAUUUGAGUGACUAAUUUAAAGCGAUCGUCUCAGAAACCCUGAUCUCGAGCUUCAGUUCUUUCCAGAACCCUAAUUUUUAAAUGGCGGCAGCUGCUAAUCCAUCUACGAUCACUCACUCGUCUGGGAAUUCCGGUGAUGGCUCGUUUCUUAGCGAUCAUCAAUCAAAAGGUUCGAUAGCCUCUCGCGGCGUUUCGUCUCCAUGGACACUAGUGGUUCGAGGAUCUGAAUCGGAAGUGAUCACGUCUACUGUGGUGCCAUUGCGUCCUCUCUCUCAUGAUUCGUCUCCUUCAAAGGCUGUUACAACUGAUUCUCUUUCAAUCUUUCCUCUCCCCGUUAAUGAUUCCGUCUUGGAGGCUCUUCCGGAGAGCUCUGACAUUUGUAUUGGCAGUAACAAUGCUGCAAAGAAACCUGCAUGGAAUAAGCCUUCUAGUGAUCCUGUUGAGGUUGGACCUGUCAUGGAUGCGGUAUCCUGGCCUGCUCUUUCCGUGUCCACCAAGGCUUCUUCAAAACCAGGCUCUUCUGAUUCAUUGAAAGGAAUGCCUGACGUACACGUCCCUAUAUUGCAGAUUGGGUCAAACAAAAAUGCUAAUUCAAGACCAAAUAAUUUAGCUUCACCGGGAGAGCCUAAGCUUGGUGGUGGAAUUACAAGUAAUAUCGUUACUGUUAAUGAUAGCCUUUUACAGUCAUUACCCUCACAACAGGAUGAAGUUGAUGAAAUGUCUCCCAAUGCUGGAAAAUCUGGACCACAGGUUGUCGAGUCUUCAUCUUCAAAAGAUCAUAUGCACAGGGAGAGUGGACAAAGGGUAGGAAUUGGAUCACAAUCUCGUAGUGAUCAACCACCGCACUAUGGUUCUUUUAGGAGGGUUAAUGGUGGAUCAUAUCCUCGCACUAAUGGUUCUUACAACCAUAAUCAUGUGGGUAGGCGAGACCAGGGGCGUGGUAAUCGCGAUUGGAAUCGUCAUCGGAGUUUCAAUGGUAGAGAAUCACAAACCCAACCAAGAGUUGCCACAGGGGGUUAUGUACAUCCACCACCAAAGAGUGCUCCCUUUAUUCCACCUCCCCCAGUGCCCCUAACAUUCUAUCAUAGCCCUAUGGUUUAUCCUGAAGGGACGCCACCUUUAAUAUAUGUUCCAGCUCCACUUCCACCUCACCCAAUAUGUCUACCUGUCCCCGAUCCACUGUUGCACUCGAGGAUUGUGAAUCAGAUUGAUUAUUAUUUCAGUUAUGAGAACUUAAUUAAAGAUACAUUCUUGCGACAAAACAUGGAUGAACAUGGCUGGGUUCCUGUUCAAUUAAUUGCAAGCUUCAAAAAGGUUAGGCUUUUAACAGAUAAUAUUCACCUUAUGUUGGAAGCUUUGUACUCAUCAAGCAUAGUGGAAGUGCAGGGAGAUAAAGUAAGAAAGCGUUAUGAUUGGCCGAAAUGGGUCAUGCAAAAGCAGAUCCAGUUUCCUAAUGCUGGCAGUUCAAGCUCGUCACAAAACAGGUAGUAGAUGCGAAAAGGCUGUCCAGUUCUGGAAAACAGUAAAACAAGAUAUAAGAUUUGAAACCAAAGGUAAGUUCUUAUAGAAUUGUGUUUGUUGGGUUGUGGGUUAUUGAUUUUUGAUACCCAACUACGGCCUUUUCCUCUAUCUGUUAUGGUUAUUGAUUGCGAUUGUGGUACAUUUUUGUUUUUGUCCCGGGGAGUUUUGUAGUAUCUGUGUCCCCCCUUGUUCUUCUAUUCCUAAAAAUUUUGUGCUGAGUGGGUUGAUAUAAUUCAUAUUUGUGCUUGAAAUAUUAGGUGCUUUGAUUUGGUAGUAGAUUUAGAAACUAUUUUUGUUUUCAUUUCUUUGAAAUUUUUGAAUAGUUUUCACUUG